AUGGCACGGCUGAUCGACACGCCGUUGUAUGACUUCCUGAACAAGAUGGAGGAAAUGCAGCCUCAACCAGACGAGUCUUACAUUCCGAUUCAGAGAUUCAUUCAGCUACUCGAGGCAACGGAGAAGGAAUCUCGUGCCAACAAUGCGUGCCAAGAGUGGAGUGUGUAUUCGAUGGGAGGCUGCUUCAAGAAGCAGUCGGGAAGUCGGGAUUACAUCGCUUUCGAGAAAGGAUCGGAGACCAAUGGCAAAUUUAGGGACUGCCAGACAUCCGGCAAGACAAUUGUUCCUGGCGACAAUUCUAUAUACCUUGUCUUGGGCAACGGGCCAAUUGACAAGGUCUGA